AUGGGCACAGAAAACCAAACCUAUCUGACUGAAUUCAUCUUGCUAGGCCUUUCUUCAGAUUGGCAGACCCAAAUCCUGCUGUUUGUAGUGUUUCUCAUCAUCUACCUGCUAACUCUGUGUGGGAAUUUUCUCAUCAUAGUGCUAAUUCAUAUUGACUCUCGACUUCAUACACCAAUGUACUUCUUCCUUAAAAACCUGUCGUUUACUGAUCUCUGUUUCUCUACAACAGUCAUCCCCCAGAUGCUAUUCCACUUGCUGGUAAUGAGAAAAACCAUUUCCUUUGCUGGGUGUUCAAUUCAGAUGAUUUUUUUCCUAAUAGCUGGGUGUACAGAAAGUUCCCUCCUAGCAGUGAUGUCCUAUGACCGCUAUGUGGCUGUCUGUAAGCCCCUUCACUACUCCACCCUCAUGACCCAGAGGGUGUGUGUACAGCUGAUCAUAGGGUCCUGGGCCAGUGGAGCCAUUGUGUCUUUAGUAGACACAAUAUUUACUUUAUGUCUCUCAUACCAUGGACAGAAUAUAAUUAAUCAUUAUUUUUGUGAACCUCCUGCACUCUUGAAGUUGGCUUCAGAAGAAACCUACAAAGCUGAGAUGGCCAUCUUGGCAAUGGGCAUAGUAAUUCUCCUUGGUCCUGUCUCCCUCAUCCUUUUCUCCUACUGGAAUAUUAUCUCCACUGUGAUUCGGAUACAGUCAGGUGAGGGGAGACUUAAGGCCUUUUCUACCUGUGGUUCUCAUCUCAUUGUUGUGGUCUUCUUCUACGGCUCAACUAUAUUUACCUACAUGCGUCCAAAUUCCAAGAAGGUAAAUGAAGGGGAUAAGGUGAUUUCUGUGUUCUACUCAGUCAUAACAUCCAUGAUGAACCCAUUCAUUUACAGCCUGAGAAACAAGGAGGUAAAGGAGGCAUUUAGGAAAGCAUUUGGAAGAUAGAGCCUCUCAGAGGCAAUGAUCUUUAUAUUGAUACACAUCUAUGAGAAUGAAGACAUUCCAAAGUGGUUCAACAUUUUUAACGGCUUUCUCUUGAACUGUUUCUAAGCUGAUCCAGAACUAAGGGUCAUACAU